GCAGGUGGGUCCGUGUCGCCGCGUCCCCGCACAGGCCCCGGCCCGGCGCCUCCUCACCCCGGGUCCCCCCGGUCCUCCUGGAGUCCCCCGGCCCCGGGGGCCACUGUGCGGGUCCCCCACGACCUCUCCCCCCCCUGCCCCAGGCCCGGUGACCGUGUCACGGCCCCCAGGCCGUCGCCCCCAGGCCUGGGCCCGUCACCUCAGCGACAUGGCGCACCUCCUGGGCCACCCCGGCUGCAUGGAGAGCCUGCGGGCCGACCUGAGGGACCUGCAGGCAGCCAUCGCCGACGUCUCCUCCCGGGCUGGGGCCGUGUGUUUCCCCUCCUGGAAGUUCCCCGAUAAAGUGUCGUGCGACCUGGACCUGGCGGCGCUGCUGGAGCGGUACAGCUACGCCGAGAAUGACCCCGAAUUCACCCAGCACUCCCAUGUGGUGCUGCUGGAGCUGGUCAUAGACAGGCUGCUGCUGCUGCUUCAGAGCUUCACGGGCUACGCAGAAAACCUGCUCAGCGAGCAAGCCAUCCCCCCUGCGCAGGCAGUGGGACCCUGCAUGUCCGCGGGGCUGACAGCGAGGAGGUACUGGUCCAGCAUGCUCAAACUGGGAGCCUUCUACCAGCAGCUCCUGGCCGAGAAGGCGGCUUGCAGGAAGGAGAUCCCCACACUGCAGUCUGCUCCCCAGGCUGGCAAACCUAAGGAGUGCCUGAAACGCUGCUCGCCUGCUGCUUUGGAGUUAAGAACCUCCACAGAAAUUGCCCAGGCGGUCUCUCUGCACCCGCUGUCGGGUGUCCGUGUGCCAGAUGGCAACACCUCGCACAGCUCCCUGCCCAGGGCUGCCUGCGGCACGGCCGAGAGCAGCCGCAGCAUCCCCACGCAGACGACUGGGUCAUCUCCGGGACCCUGCGACACCUGCGCCAGCGCCCAGGUCAGCCUCCGUGAGGUCGGCAAAGCCAUCACCAACAUUUGCCAGAGCCAGAACAUUCCCUCGGCUCUCAGCAGGUUCCAGGAGAUGGUGGAGGAGAGCAGAGGGAGAAGGACCCUCUCUGCAACGGACGUGAGCUACUGGGCCUCGGAGCAGAGCAAGGACCUCUCCCGGAUCAGCAAACACCUCCACAUGCUGCUGCAGCAGGUCGACCCUCUGAAGUCUGAGCUGGAAGAGUCAGAGAAACAGAAGGACGAGCUGCGGAAACAGGUUGAGGCCUUUUCCCGGUUGCUUCAGGCAGAGAGGGAGACCCAAGCGCAGCAGAGGAAGGAGGCUGAGCAGAACCUGCAAGUAAAGAACAAAGAGUAUAUGGAGGCUGUAGCCAGGCUGGAGCGGGACAAGGACGACCUACGGAGAGGAGCUGCUCUGCUGGAAGAACGACUCUCUGCCUUAAAGGAGGAGCUGGCUGCGAAGCAGGCUGCUGUGCAGGAACUGGAGGUGACCAAGACGACCUUGCUGGAGGAGAUGAGGACCACGAUGGUGACCAGGAGCCAGGUGCUGGAGCUGGAGGAGAAGUUGCAGCUGCUCACUGGCCAGCGGGAAAGCCUGGGCCGGGAGCUGAGCACCACCGGCACCCAGCUGGAGAAGGAGAAGGUCAAAGUGGCGAGCAUGCUGAGGCACCAGGAGUCCCUGCAGGCCAAGCAGAGGGCUCUGCUGCAGCAGCUCGACAGCCUGGACCAGGAGCGUGAGGAGCUGCGAGCCAGGCUGGGAGAGGCCGAGGAGGACAAGGGCAGGCUGGCAGAGCAGCUGGAGGAGAGCCGGGAGCAGAGUGUGCAGCAGCUCCAGGCGCAGCAGGAGCUGCUGGACACGCUGCAGCGGGAGAAGCUGAGCCUGGAGCAGUCCGUCUCAGAGCUGCAGGAGAACGUCUCCAGGCUAGAGGAGCAGGCGCGGGAGCUGAAGGAGCGAGAGAGGCUCCUGGUGUUCUUCCCCGAGCUCCACAUCCCCGCCGGGACGCAGUUUGAGAGCACCGGGAGCUUGACUGAGGACAUGGAGAAGCAGCUACAGGCCAACAGCAUCCGCAUCGGCGUGCUGGAGCAGGAGAACGCGCGGCUCCGGUCUGCGCUAGCCAAGGUGAAGGCGGCUGCUGAGCAGGGCGUGCUGAAGCUUGUCCCGCAGACCCAGCUGUGGUCCCAGCUCAGCAGCCAGCACGGCGGGGAGGCCGGCGGGCAGGAUGCGGGGCGGCCGAGCAGCCGAGGCAGCAGGGACAGCGCAGGGACGCACGGAUGCAGAGGCGAGGUCCGGCAGCGAGCUCCCAGCGGCCAGCGGUCAAAGCCGGUCUCGGCAGAGCCCGUGUGCAAGGCCAGGCCCUGCCUCUCGCUGCCGGCUGAGGGUGGGGUGCUCAGCCCCCCUGAGCCAAGAGGGAGAGGCAGAGCACCCCCCGUCUCCUCUCACCGCGCCGCUGGCCACCGCAAAUAAAUGCCGAUGAGCCCAAUGCAGGAACGCAGUGCUCAGCGAGCAGCCACCUGCCCUGCCCCACGGGACCUCGUUAGUGCGGGACCUCGUUAGUGCGUCUUCCCUUGGGAAACCCGGUCUCUGCCCUGUAGUCCCUCUCUGUUAGGCGAAGCUGUGGUUUGUGGUAAAACCCAGGGUGACGGCGCAGAGGGCUGGGCUGGCACAUCCCCUUCUCCUCUCCUCAGCGCAGCGGCCCUGGGAGAAGCCACGCUGCCGGGACCGGGCUGGGGACUGACCUGCAGGCAGGCCAGGAGCCCUUUUGGGGGGGGGACACUCUCCCUGGGUGUGCAGAGCGGCAGCGAAGCGGGGCCAGGGACGUUCCCGGGCACUGGAGCCAAGCUGCCACAGGAGUCCCUGGCCCAGCUCGUCACCUGGAGAACGCCUGGGCGCAGCUCGUCGGCUCACGUUCCGGAGAGGGGACUGGGAUGUGGCCACGCUGCUUGGAAGAGGAAGGCAGAGCUGGGCUGGGGACGAGAGGAAUCUGAGCCGCCCUCAGCUCACCAGCACCGCGCGCAGCCUGGGGACGCAGCUCUCCCGGUAGCCAUGAGCACCCAGAUGGGCUGGGGACCACCGAGCCGCCCGCGCAGGCUGGCCCCGAACCCCCGCAUGACCUGGCGAGCCUCGGAGGGCAGCGGGAGUCCCCGCCACACGACAGGGCAGCCUCUCCUUGCUCUGUGUUUCGUAGACAGACGCGUACAGCGCUGCAGCCCAGCAGCCCGUGGCUGCCACGGGAAACGGGAGCCGGUGCGGGCUCACGGCGAGUCCCUGCCCGCCGCGGCACACCCGUAUUCAGUUAAAAGAGGGCCGUGUUCAAUCUCUGCAACUGACUUGUGCCGUCCUUUUUAAUAAGUUAGUAUAAAUAAAGCGUUCGCUCCCCCCCAGCCCUCCCGCAGCGAGGCGGCGGGUCGUCCAGCCCCGGAAUGCGCCAGUGGUGCAGAGGGGCUCGGCACGGCCCCGAGCCGCGCUCUGCCCACCCGGCAAAUAG